CUUGAUGAUGGUAAACAAACAAGAGAGCUGCCAACCCUCCCUCAACCCUCCAUCAUCACUGUUUUUAACCUCUCACGUCUUACUCUUGCCUUCCACGGCUACUAUCACGAUAUUGGUACCUAAGCGACGUGGACAAGCAGGUGUUGAUGGUGAUCAGACAAGAGCAGCCACAGCAGUCAUCUUGCAGACGACGGCAGCUGUCUUGUAUAAUUAGAGUUAAGUAUGACCGCAGGCGCCACAUGAACAAGGUUGGUAACUGGGCGGUAACACAAUGUCGAUGAUCGCAGGCCAUAGGCAAAACAGCACUCACUCUACUCGGAAAAAAGUCCAGAUUUCUUUUGUCAUUCGUGAUGAAGUGGAGAAGUUCCAUCGAUCGUCUGUCAACUCACUACAAUACGAUCCAUACCUCCAGCGUUUGUAUUCCGCUGGCCGUGACUCUAUCAUAAGAAUAUGGAACUGCAAGAACCAGAAAGAACCAUAUAUCCAGUCAAUGGAACACCACACUGACUGGGUUAAUGACAUCGUACUCUGUUGUGGGGGUAAAAAUUUAAUAUCGGCUAGUUCAGAUACUACUGUCAAAGUAUGGAAUGCUCACAAGGGUUUCUGCAUGUCAACUCUGCGAACUCACAAAGAUUACGUCAAGGCCCUGGCGUAUGCUCGCGACCGAGAGCAAGUAGCGUCUGCUGGACUAGACAAGGCAAUCUUUCUCUGGGAUGUACAAACCUUGACUGCACUCACAGCUAGCAACAAUACUGUCACAACUUCAUCAUUAAAUGGCAAUAAAGAUUCUAUCUAUAGUUUGGCUAUGAAUGCCCCUGGCACUGUCAUUGUAAGUGGCAGUACUGAGAAACAACUUAGAGUGUGGGACCCUCGCACCGGUAACAAGCUCAUGAAACUCAAAGGUCACACGGACAACGUAAAGGCACUGAUAGUCAACCGUGACGGCACUCAAGCUGUAUCUGGCAGCUCCGAUGGCACCAUUAAACUGUGGUCGUUAGGUCAGCAACGCUGCAUCAAGACCAUCAGGAUCCACGAAGAAGGUGUCUGGGCACUUCAGGCCAAUGAAUCCUUCACCAGCGUGUACUCUGGUGGGCGAGAUAAACUCAUUUACAAGUGUGAGACCCGUACUCCAGAUAAGUACGUGUUGUUGUGCCAAGAGUCCGCGCCGGUACUCAAGAUGCUGCUGACUCCGGAUAACUCAUCUCUCUAUGUUGCCACAACAAACUCAGCCAUAAAAUGCUGGCCUCUAAACAACAGACUAUCACAUGUUGAAGAUUACUGUGACAACGAAGAAGACCAAGAGCUUAAGCCUGUCAUGACUCAGCCAGACUGGUCCAUCAAGGGUGGACCAUCCAUCAAGCAGUACACCGUCCUCAACGACAAGCGACACUUACUGACUCGUGACACAGAGGAGAAUGUGGUUCUCUGGGAUAUACUUAAGGCAUCGAAAGAAGAAGAAUUAGGGAAAGUGGAUUUUGAAAGUGAAAAGGAGAAGAGAAACAAGCCUAUAUAUGUUCCUAGUUGGUUUACAGUGGACCUCAAAACUGGUAUGUUGACCAUCCACUUAGCGGAGAAAAGAGACGAAGUUGAUUGUUUGUCUGCCUGGGUCUCGGCAAAAGAGGCUGAUUUUCCAACUCAAGAUGGUGUCGACCUUAAGAUUAACUAUGGAGAACUAUUAUUAAAAGCCUUGUUUGAACACUGGCCAAGAACGUACUUGUUUGAAGAGAACGAGAGCGGAGAAGGUGCGGAGGGUGGAGUAACCACUCAUAAUGGUCAUACCCCAAGACCUGGCAAUGAAUACUUCACUAUUCCUCCACACACACCAGUUAUAAUUAGUAUUAUCUUUCACAGCGAAAUACAAGGAAGAACACUAUACAGGUUGCUGUGUGGUGAUGCAGGUGGUGAUACUGAAGGUGUUCUCCUUAAUGAAACUGUACCACCGUGGGUACUGGAUAUUGUUGUAGAGAAGACCUCACCCAAGCCCAAGAACAAAGUUUAUUUCUUCCUGCUGCCUCAUGCUUCAUCGGGUAUUAAACGAGAGAAGAAGUAAGUAUGUGGACUGUACUCUGAA